CAGACUUCCUAGGGUUUCAAUCUUCCUGUCGCCUCCACCUGCUAGAGAAGAAAGCAGGCACUGUGAGAAGAGCUCCUCUUUGACCUAGCUAAUUCAACAUGGCAAGAGGUUUGAAGAAACAUUUGAAGAGGCUCAAUGCUCCCAAGCAUUGGAUGCUUGACAAACUUGGUGGUGCAUUUGCUCCCAAACCAUCAUCUGGUCCCCAUAAGUCAAGGGAAUGUCUUCCAUUGAUCCUUAUUUUGCGAAACAGAUUGAAGUAUGCUUUGACAUAUGGUGAGGUUGUAUCAAUUGUGAUGCAACGUCAUAUUCUUGUUGAUGGGAAAGUUAGGACUGAUAAGACCUACCCUGCUGGUUUUAUGGAUGUUGUAUCGAUCCCUAAGACAAAUGAGAACUUCCGUCUCCUUUAUGAUACUAAAGGUCGCUUCAGACUUCACUCCAUCAGGGAUGAUGAGGCCAAGUAUAAGCUAUGCAAAGUUAGGUCAGUCCAGUUCGGUCAGAAGGGAAUUCCAUACAUCAAUACCUACGAUGGUCGUACAAUUCGCUACCCCGACCCUCUAAUCAAGGCCAAUGACACCAUCAAGUUUGACUUAGAAUCAAACAAGAUUGUCGACUUCAUCAAAUUCGACGUUGGGAAUGUUGUGAUGGUGACUGGAGGAAGGAACAGGGGGCGUGUGGGUGUGAUCAAGAACAGGGAGAAGCAUAAGGGAAGUUUCGAAACUAUUCACGUUCAGGAUUCUACCGGUCAUGAAUUUGCUACCCGUUUGGGAAAUGUGUUCACAAUUGGUAAAGGAUCGAAGCCAUGGGUGUCUCUUCCUAAAGGUAAGGGAAUUAAGUUGUCGAUUAUUGAGGAGGCUAAGAAGAGGCUUGCGGCUCAAACCGGAGCCACUGCUUAAUGUAAUGAAGAAUUUGUUGGUGUUUUUGAAUUUUAAGUGCUGGUUAUGAACACUUUGAGUGAUUUUUCAUUUUCUGCUUAAUCUGGAUUUUUGCUUCUUUGAUUAGUAGUAAUACAUUGUUGUUAGAGUAACAUUUUUGGUUAAUGUUAUUUAUAUUCUAUAUUGUUAUUCAUCUUA